ACCUACAUAGUUCCAUUACUUUCCCCCUAAGCGAUCCAAUAUCCUUUUCACAUUUGAAACCAUAGCUAGCAGCAAAAUCCUUAUAGCUCACAUUUCAAUAUCUGGUUAACCAUGAAGAGAAGUUUGUAUGCGAGAGAGAUUGAUAGCAUAACCAUGGCAAACUGCUUGGUGUUUCUAUCUAAAGGAAGGGAAUCAUAUCCUUUCCCUUCCUUUGAUCACGCCAUUAACAAUAAUUCUCCGAGUCGUGUUUUUGAGUGCAAAACAUGCAACAGGAAAUUCCCAUCAUUUCAAGCCUUGGGUGGUCACCGUGCAAGUCACAAGAAGCCUAAGUUGAUGGGAGGAGAAGGGAGCUUCGAGUCUCAAUCGCCGGCGAAGCCUAAAACACACGAGUGCUCUAUUUGUGGGCUAGAGUUUGCAAUAGGGCAAGCUUUGGGUGGUCAUAUGAGGAGACAUAGAGCUGCCUUGAACGAUCAAAACCAGCUGGCGGAUCCUUUGAGCCCUCCUAGUUCUGAUCAUCAGCAAGUAGUUCCUGUCGUGAAGAGAUCUAACAGUAGGAGGGUUUUGUGUUUGGAUUUGAAUUUGACUCCUAAUGAGAAUGAUAUGGAGUUGUUCAAGCUGGGAAACGCAGCUCCUAUACAUAGUUGAUUGUUUCUUUUAGAUCGUACAUGUGCAGUCUCAUCAUGAUAUGCUAGACCUAUAGGUUUUCUCGUUAAUUUUCUGCUUCCCUUUUUUCCCCCCGAAUACAGGAACACUUGCCAUCUUGUAUUUAAAUUUGUUCAUUUGUUCAUAGACCUGCAAUGAGAAGCUAGUUCAUGGUAUUAA